GCUCAUUCUUCAUUUCCUGGUGUUCUUCCCCCCGAGGCCUUAAAUUCUAGAAUAACUUAACAAAUAAAUCCUCGAUUUCCUGGAAAAGAAAAAUGGACGCCAUAGAUUCAGUGUUUGAGCCUCUGAGAGAAUUCUCCAAGGACAGCGUUCGCCUGGUUAAACGCUGCCACAAACCCGACCGGAAAGAAUUCACAAAGGUGGCGGUACGUACGGCCAUCGGGUUCGUGGUGAUGGGAUUCGUUGGCUUCUUUGUGAAGCUCAUCUUCAUUCCGAUCAACAACAUCAUCGUCGGAGCUGCUUAGGUCAUUUGGCACUUGUAAGAAAGAAGAUGGAGCUAUCAAGGAACACUAAAUAGGGAUAAGAUCUACCGCCAAGUGCAUUAUGAUGCUUACAGUUUACCUAUUGUUUGUUUUUCAGAAAGAUUCUACCCUCUUAGCUUGUUCUUUUGUAAUUCAGAGAUGUUGAGUUCAACAUUCGAUUUUCUUCUCUCACAAUUAAACAAAUCAACUGUUCUCUGUUU